UUGUGAGGUUGUCUGUACAUAUGAGUUUUAAUGCUUAAAACAUUAAAUAAAAAACUGAAAAGCUACAUUAAUAAAAGCUGACUUUGCUAUUUCAGCAGAAGAGUCACAGACAAAGCCUCACAUUUCAAUUCUUCUUCCUUCGUUAUUUUUCAUUCGUAUCUUUUCAACUUCCUAUAACCGUCAACCACGUAUUUCUGAUACUGUCAAUUGAGUUUAUUAAACACGCUUCCUUUCAAUUUUACAAUUUUACCCCUCUCUGUUAACCACCUCUACUUUGACGAUGCAGAACACCAAGAACCACCGUAACGGCCAGGUGGAGACUCACUGGCGUGGGAGAUUAACAGAUAAUUCGUCUUCUUUUUACGGUACAGUGACUACCGUGUACGGAUCACAAUUCCGGCGACCGACAACCAUGCAUGAUCUUGUACCGGAGAUGAAGCGUGCGGCAAUGACGACGGUGUCAGAGGUUUUGCCGAGACAGCCGCCGAAGUUGUUGCUUAAGGUUAUGAUCAUGGGGAGCCUUGGCGCCGUGCAAAUGUUGAUGACGCCGGAAUCGAGUGUCAGAGAUUUGAUAGCGGCGGCGAUGCGCCAAUAUGUGAAGGAAGGUCGCGGUCCAAUCUUGCCGUCGAGUGAUCCCUUCCGGUUCGAUCUUCAUUACUCUAAGUUCAGCCUAGAAAGUAAGUCACAACAUCGUUUUUUAUAAUAUUAAUGUUUUGAUAUCUCGAUAUGCAGCAAUUUAUAUAAGCUGAAAAGCUAUAUGAUAUCUUGAUACGCUAUAAGUUGAUAGCUUGAUAGCGGCUUCGGCUAGCGGCUAUUAGGGUUGAUAGUUGGUAGCGGCUAUCAAACGAUGCUGGUAGAGGCUAUCAAUACUAUUGUUUGAUAGUAUCGUCUGAUAGCUGGUAGCCCCUAUCGUCUGAUAGCUGGUAGCGCCUAUCGUGUGAUAGGUGGUAGCGACUAUCGUCUUGAUAGUUGGUAGCGCCUAUCGUGUGAUAGCUAGUAGCGCAUUUCGUCUGAUAGCCGAUAGUGCCUAUCGCUUGAUAGCUGGUAGCGACUAUCGUCUGAUAGCUGAUAGCACUUAUCGCCUGAUAGUUGGUAGCACCUAUCGUCUUGAUAGUUGGUAGCGCCUAUCGCCUGAUAGCUGGUAGCGCCUAUCGCCUGAUAGCUGGUAGCGCCUAUCGCCUGAUAGCCGCUACCAAUUAUCGCCUGAUAGCUAGUAGUGCUUAUUGCUUGAUAGCCACUAUCAGCUAUUCAGAUGAUAGUUGGUAGCGGUUAUUGCCUAAUAGCUAAUAGCGUCCAUGGCCUGAUAGCGCUACCAACUAUCACCUAUUGUUUACGAGCAUAAGUUUUUUACUGUUGAAACUGCCUCAAUUCAAAGAUAGUAUUUAGAGAUAUAAUUCCAUAAUUAUGAAUAAAGUUGUGGUCGAGUUAUACAUAA